AUGGGUCAAAAUUAUACAUUCGCCGAGGCAUAUAUUCAGCAAGUGAAACUCAGAGAAUCAGCCACCAUGAGGCUCUCACAAACAUCAGAGAGAAUCGGCGAGGACGAAGUCAGUGAUAUCUUGAUAAAGGUGGCCACGGUGUUACAAGAAGAACUCAGUCCUGUUGUUUUAAAAAGCAUAAAGAGCAGAUUGAAGCAACUUCCUUUGGCGUGCUAUAGUCUUGUAGGAUCGUGGGUGGACGAUGAUGGACUGGAUCUUCUUCACCACAGCAUCAUAAACAAUUGUCCGGAGAUGGUCGAGUUUCUUCUGUCAGAACCUCAGUGGUUUCCUUCAACUCAGAUGCCGAAAAAAAAUCCAUAUGCACACCUAGCCGCCAUAUUUGGAUUUACAGAGUGUUUAAGGCUGAUUAUGCAGUACAGACCAGGUGAUUAUUUCACAGGAUCGAAUCAAAGUCAUGUUAUCAAAUUGCCGCCUUCUAUUAGAAAACGGUUGAAAUCUCUGGAUUCACUACGAACUAAUGCGAAUAAACAAAUGGAAAAAUUACUACAUAGAAUCAAGUCCAGCACAGAAUGGACCGAGAAUUCAAUGAAAUCUGCGUUCGGUAACGUUGUUGAUAUGGAGGAAGUAGGUAAUGUUUUGAAAAGUGAACUUGAAGAGUUAGAGAAGAACAAGACAAAGCAUGAUGCAAGUAUUCAUCGAUUUAGAAGUCUAACUUUAUCAGGUACAGCACCGGAAGGAUACAAACGCGUACCAGCUGGCGAGGCAGCGGAUAAUUCUGGUAAGUCAACUCGUCUACAGGCAGUAGGAGCUUCAUCUUUAGAGGUAAAAUCUCUCACACAGGAUACUCUUGAUAAAAAAACAAUCGCUCGGCAAACAACAGAUAAGGUUGAGAAAAUAAAAUGUGACAAGCGACAAAAACUAAAGCUGUGUGGGCGAGGAGCAAUGGUCAAACACAGACUCACAGUAGAUUGGGACGUGUUUAGUCAGCUUCCUGCAGGUGUUGUGAGUGGCGCUGGCGACAAAGUGAUUGUCACCUACACGGAUAAUUCUCGCAAAGAACGACAGGAAGCCAGCGUUUUCGACACCUUACAUAAGUCAGGUAUUAUGGGUACGUUGAGAACAUUACCAUCAAAAGAGGGUAAAACUUCCGAAAAUCGCAAAACUCUCAAAAGAAAAUCAACCAUCAGGGGGAUUGCUCAAAAGAAAGACUCAAGUUUAAGUUAUCCUAAAGUUCUGGAACCAGGUGUGAGGGGGAAGAAAAAGUAUAAAGAUUUCAAACUGACCUUGGAACAGCAAACUAUUAAAGACGACACAACCAGUCUGAAAAACAAAACUCCGCUUUCAAUUGCAGCUCAGUAUGGGCAUUUAGAAUGCGUUCAGAUGAUCUUAGAUACAUUUAUACUAAAGAACCACCCACAUAUGGCAGUUAGAGAACCUCUGACACUGGCAACUAAAGCCAAAAGUCCUGAAGCUAUAGUACUUCUAAUGGGUAAGAAACUGACAAGAACAGAUUACCAAAGUGCGGUGCUUACAGCAAUACGUGAAAUGUAUCCUGACUGUCUAACAGCAUUGCUGGUUCACAAAACCAAAGAAAAACAGUCGUUAUUCGAUGGCGUCAAUUUGUAUCACAUUCUCUAUACCCAGAGUUUGAUGUCUGAUUACCGUUACGAGAUGUUGCCAAUCAUGACUAAUGUACUUAUUAACAGUAACGAGGAUGUCAAUGCUCACAACGUGUACUGCACCUACCCUUUGUACACGCUGAUCAAUUGCUCAUUUAACAUCUCUAUAGGAAAACAAAUUUUUUAUUAUGUAGAAUGUGUGAAAAUUUUAUUGGAGAACAAAGCCAGUCCUCACUUUGAUGAAACAGAAGCAUUCAAACUGGCCGGAUUUGGACAGUCUUUUUCAAGAAGUGCAUACUCAUCUGCUAUUAACUGUAUUUUGGAAAGUGCAAUGGGUGCUACGAAUUUCUUUGAACAUGCACAACAUUCAAAGAUCUUUAUGAAAAAGCUAAUCACCACAGUGACGACCUGUGAUAAAACUAAUAGACGCCUUCUCAAUGAUGUCCUCUUUAACUAUAUGGAUACAGUAAAUUCCCUUGACCUAGAUCGAUACAUCGUAAGAUGUUUACUUCGCUACGGGGCAAACCCGGACUUUCGCAAUGGAUCUAAAUAUGCAAUCAAUGUAUAUUUUGAUAAAAUGCUUCCUCAUCUAGCGAAGUUUGAGGUGAACAGCACACACAGCAAGUGGCAGCACGAACUCAGUGCUUUGAUGUUGGUGUGUCGAGGAAUGAACUACAAGUGCCUGAGAGAGGCCAAGAUAAUAUUUCUCAACGAGCAUCUUCUGCGUUGUCCAAUUCAGGCCCUGCCGCUCUGCCGUUAUUUCUCCUACCUUAUUAAUGACAUGUUAACGUCGCCGCGGCCGUUGGUGGAACUAGUAGCUCAGUUUAUCUGGGUCCGAUUAAGACGAAAUGAAAAGCGCGCCAAAAUGCUUCCAUUGCCAGACCCGAUCAUUUCACUAAUUGUGCCCUAA